UUAAUUUUUAUUUCUACGCAGUAUUACUGUUAUGCAACAGUAAAUAUUGCAACCACGCCAAGGACUUAUGUUUUAUCGUCACACGUGCAGUUUAUAUUUAUCCCAGCAUCUGGCACAGGAAACGGAAGUUUAUUUAAAAACGGCACUCGAUCGCCACCGCUCUGAUGAAUGGCAAUUCGAAGGGCCUUUUCACAUGCUUAUAAAUCCGCGAAGCAAGCUAAAAGUGCAGCAUUCAGUCGCAGGAACCUGUUUUACACCAAUGUCUUAAUAUCCAUUGGGAUCUCAACUAUGGGUGACACGCUUGAGCAAAGUUAUGAGGUGUUCAAUAAAACGAUUCCCGAAUACGACGUGCACCGCACCGCACAGAUGGGCUUCUCGGGGGCCACCGCUGGUGCGAUCAGCCACCACUGGUAUAACAUACUUGAUAGAUUUAUUAUUGGAAGAUCUUUGAAUAUGGUGAUAAAAAAACUGAUGCUAGAUCAAUUUGUUUGCUCCCCACUAAUAAUCUUAUCAUUCUUUGCUACGGUUGCUAUUUUUGAGAAGAACCCUUGGGAGAAUUUCACAGAGGAAGUAAGGGAUAAGUUUUUGAUACUCUACAAAGCUGAAUGGGUGGUGUGGCCUCCAGCGCAAAUAUUUAAUUUUUAUUUUCUGCCGACCAAGUACAGAGUGCUUUAUGAUAACACAAUCUCACUUGGUUAUGAUAUCUACACAUCUAAAGUUAAGCAUGACAAGUCUUUGAAGAAAGGAGAUAAGGAAUAAUG